AUGACCCGGGACGAAGCUCUGCCGGAUUCCCAUUCUGCACAGGGCUUCUAUGAGAACUAUGAGCCCAAGGAGAUCCUGGGCAGGGGAGUUAGCAGUGUGGUCAGACGCUGCAUCCACAAGCCCACGAGCCAGGAGUACGCUGUGAAGAUCAUCGACGUCACCGGUGGGGGCAGCUUCAGUGCCGAGGAGGUGCAGGAAUUACGACAAGCCACGCUGAAGGAGGUGGACAUCCUGCGCAAGGUGUCGGGACACCCCAACAUCAUACAGCUGAAGGACACUUAUGAGACCAACACUUUCUUCUUCUUGGUGUUUGACCUCCUCUAUUCCUACAGGAUGAAGAAAGGGGAGCUCUUUGACUACCUCACUGAGAAGGUCACCCUGAGUGAGAAGGAAACCCGAAAGAUCAUGAGGGCCCUCCUGGAGGUGAUCUGUGCUUUGCACAAACUCAACAUUGUGCACCGGGACCUGAAACCUGAGAACAUCCUCUUAGAUGACGACAUGAACAUCAAGCUCACCGACUUUGGCUUCUCCUGCCAAUUGGACCCAGGAAAGAAGCUGCGAGAGGUCUGUGGGACUCCCAACUACCUGGCCCCGGAGAUCAUAGAGUGCUCCAUGAAUGAAGAUCACCCGGGCUAUGGGAAGGAGGUGGACAUGUGGAGCACAGGGGUCAUCAUGUACACCCUACUGGCUGGCUCGCCACCCUUCUGGCACCGGAAGCAGAUGCUGAUGCUUCGAAUGAUCAUGAGUGGCAACUACCAGUUUGGCUCGCCUGAAUGGGAUGAUUACUCGGACACCGUGAAGGACUUGGUUUCUCGCUUCUUGGUGGUCCAGCCGCAGAAACGCUACACAGCGGAAGAGGCUUUGGCACACCCCUUCUUCCAGCAGUACGUGGUGGAAGAAGUGCGCCACUUCAGCCCCCGGGGGAAGCUCAAGGUGAUUGCUCUAACAGUGCUGGCUUCGGUGCGGAUCUACUACCAGUACCGCAGGGCGAAGCCUGUGACCAGGGAGAUCGUCAUCCGGGACCCCUACGCCCUCCGACCUCUGCGCAAACUCAUCGAUGCCUACGCUUUCCGCAUCUAUGGUCACUGGGUGAAGAAGGGGCAGCAGCAGAAUCGGGCCGCCCUCUUCGAGAACACCCCCAAGGCCGUGCUCUUCUCUCUGGUCGAGGAUGACUACUGAGGGGUUGCCUGGCCUGCGCGGGAAGGCGGGGCGGGUAGAGGAAGCCUCAGAACACCUGAGUCGGAAGAGCAAGGUCAUGGCCAAGAGCGCUUGGUGGGGAAGCCACGACGUUCCUUCCCGGGGACUGUAUGGGAGAGCAGGGGGGCUUGUCACGCAGCGAUGAACACGGACAGAUCCAGGAGGCAGCCCUGAGCGUGGAGACC